GGACUACCAUUAUUUCCGAAUAUCUCCCUUCAUCAUCUACAUCAUCUGAUAAUCCUUCUGCUCCCCCUCCAUCUUACAUUUCUCAAUCCCUUCACCAUCUCUUUUGUUUGCUUGGCACUACCUAUGUAGAUAGCUUUAUUGUUUAUUUUAAUGGUUUAUUAUUUGAUGAUCAAGAUGAAGACGACUCUAAUUUAGUAAUGAACGAUUUUGAAGCAUUGGUUGAAGCUUGGAAAGAAUUGGAAUUUCAUUAUAGAAAUGAUAGAAUUAAAAAAUUGGGCGUGAGCGAAUUUACAAAAAAUAGAUUUGAGAGAUUUUUAGAUGUUGUGGAGGUUCCACCGAAAAUCGAUCAAAUAAACGUUAAAGGUUUUUGUGAUUUGCCACGCCAAAUGAUUGGUUAUGCGAAAGAGCAUGAUAUAGAACUACUAACUCAUAGAGAUCCUACUGAUAUUCUACCAUCAACAACAUUUCAAAAAGUAUUAAAAGAUGCAAAGUUUCCUAUUACUUCAGAAUUGUUACCACGUUGGGUAUUAAAAUAUUCUGUUCUUAUAAAAUGUCGUGAGGUUGUUGCUAACAAAGG